GGCCCGAUAGGUUCGGACAAAUAACGCCUCCUGCUAUCGAAAGUCGGGUCGUGCGUCAACGUUAGCGAAAAAUGCAAAAUUAAAUAUGUUGUGAGUAGCGAGCGAUGCCAAAUCGAAUAUGUUUUCCACUGCAUACAGAAAAAUAAACAAAUACAAGAAGCAUAAAAUAUGCAGAAAAUUAAAUACAAAAGGAGCCACUAAGUGUUUCGUGUGAAAUCAAUUUGAGGACCGCUCUUCGCCGCCGUCGUCGUCGUCGUCGUACAUACUUUUCCGUUUCAAUUACACUACAAUGAAUAUUUGUUGAAACUUCGUUGCAUUUACAGACUGGUGUUUGAAAACAACAACAAGCAGAAACGUUAAAAACCAACAAAAACAGCCCUCAUACACACCGAAAUCUAGAAGCAAAAAGGGGAAAUUGUAUAUAUAUUUAUAUAUCAUAUAGUAUAUAUACAUAUGUAUAUAUAUGGAUAUAUAUCUACAUAUAUAAAUAGUAUCACAUUUACAUUAAAAGGAAGCCGAACAGACGUUAUCGUAACUUUUAUAUUACAAAGCACCAGUAAAAAUAUAUAACCAACUACACACGUUCCUUAAAAACAAAUGUUUUCCAAACCGCAAACCAACUAAAAACUAAAUGCUUUUGAAAUUAGUUUAAGCUAACCAAAAAAAAAAAAACGUAAGACCAACCAACGCACCGCAACGCAAAGCAAAUCGCGUGAUUAAACGAUUAAACUUUAAACUAAAACUAAAAAUAUCUAAAACAGACCGAACAUCGGCAGGGAACCAAAACAAAAACAAAACCCUAUCAAUCCGGAAGAACUUCAAUCGGCGUAUUAAAGCCCGACAUUCAAUAUUUUUUCUAUAACAUAGUGGUAGCUAAAACAAAUCGAGACGAUAACCGGAACAUCUUUUUGGAGAAUCUCGUCUGAAUACCUUUAGUCCCGUGUCUCCGUAAUGUUGUUAAAUGUUCUUGGAUCGUUCGAUGUGGUCUUUGUUCAUUAGUAGCCAUCACUCUCAGCCUCCGAGUCACCGAAAUCUGGUCAAGAACUUAGCGUAGACCCGUAAUUAGCAAUAGCAAUAGCCAAAGAGAGCGUGGAUCGUAAGCGCGCUGGAGGAGGUCUGCAGAGCGAGCAAAGCCGAAGUACAAAUGCACCAAUCGAAACUGAAACAGAAUCAGUAACUUGGAACGGGUGAAGUCAGCGCCCGCCACACAACCAAUUAGCUAGGUGUCAGAGGGUCCAGAGAAGGGAGUCCAGGAGACCAUCCCACCAUCCAAACAGCAUACAUUUUAUAUACGGAACGGCCUGUCGAGCGUAGUGGCAGCAGCACGCGAAAGCGUCUAUAAAUCUAGUUAGCAUGGAGUGCUGUUUAUCGGAGGAGGCCAAGGAACAAAAGCGCAUCAAUCAGGAAAUCGAGAAGCAGUUGCGCCGAGACAAGAGAGAUGCGCGCCGCGAGCUUAAACUGCUACUACUGGGCACUGGCGAGUCCGGGAAGUCCACAUUCAUCAAACAGAUGCGCAUUAUCCACGGCAGCGGUUACUCGGACGAGGACAAGCGUGGGUACAUCAAGCUGGUAUUUCAGAACAUAUUCAUGGCCAUGCAGUCAAUGAUCAAGGCCAUGGAUAUGCUGAAGAUUUCCUAUGGUCAGGGAGAGCAUAGUGAACUGGCCGAUCUGGUGAUGAGCAUCGAUUACGAGACCGUUACCACGUUCGAGGAUCCAUACUUGAAUGCCAUCAAAACGCUUUGGGACGAUGCUGGCAUCCAGGAGUGCUAUGAUCGUCGUAGGGAAUAUCAGCUGACUGAUUCAGCCAAAUACUACUUGAGCGAUCUGGCUCGAAUUGAACAGGCUGAUUACUUGCCAACCGAGCAGGAUAUUCUGCGUGCUCGAGUGCCGACAACUGGCAUUCUUGAGUAUCCAUUCGAUUUGGAUGGCAUUGUGUUUAGAAUGGUGGACGUCGGAGGUCAGCGAUCCGAGAGAAGAAAGUGGAUUCAUUGCUUUGAAAAUGUGACAUCAAUUAUAUUUUUGGUAGCGCUAUCGGAGUACGAUCAAAUCUUGUUUGAAUCUGAUAAUGAGAAUCGAAUGGAGGAAUCUAAAGCUUUAUUUCGUACUAUAAUUACGUACCCUUGGUUUCAAAAUUCGUCAGUUAUUCUUUUCCUGAAUAAGAAGGACUUGUUGGAAGAGAAAAUAAUGUAUUCGCAUUUGGUAGACUAUUUUCCCGAAUACGAUGGUCCUCAGCGAGAUGCAAUAACGGCCCGAGAGUUUAUACUGCGAAUGUUUGUAGAUUUAAAUCCAGAUUCCGAAAAAAUUAUCUAUUCUCAUUUCACGUGUGCUACAGAUACGGAAAAUAUAAGGUUUGUGUUUGCAGCUGUUAAGGACACAAUUCUGCAAUCGAACCUUAAGGAAUAUAAUUUGGUCUAAGCUGGAUUUGGAUCGAAAAACUAUUUUUGUGAUUUUUAUACAAACACACAUACACAUUCAUAUAAUUCCUUUUUCGCAUAUUUACUAAAUAUAAAAGAAGAAUUGAGAAGCGAGCGAAUGUGGCCGAAAAUUAGGCAUAAAUUAGACCCGAAAAAGUUUCUUACGUUUGUUACAUCAGGAACCGAAAAUUGUAGCAUAAAUAGAAUACUAAACUGAGAUGGUAAACCCGCAUCAACAGAUUGCUGGAAAAGAUGUAUACAUUUUAAUUUGAGAGAAAAAUAACACAAAAUCUGAUACAGUGUGACAACAAAUAAUCGGGGCAGAGUUUCUCGCUUUACCUUACGAAUAUGGCGAUUCGUACAACAAUAAUUAAUAUUUGAAUAUUUGUAUUCUUUUCAACUGCAAAGUUUUCAGAAAACGUUGUGUGAUUUUAUAAGCGUUUCGAAAAGGAAACCCCUUGGGAGUCAAAAAGACAGUAGCCAGAAAUGAUUGGGAUCCAAUCGAUAGAGUUUUUGGUUAGUUUUAAACAAAUGGCCAGCUAUUUCGGACUUAGGUCCGGAAGACUGACGGGAGUUUUUCCUGCCUACACAAGAAACACGAUUUCCUUGAAAAGUUUUUAUACAAAAAUAUCGGCCGAAUUAGUUGUUGUCACGCUGUACUAUUUAAAUAAAUUUAUUACUAUAGUAACUUUUGUAAUAAAAUCCGAAACACAAAUAUGAAACGUAAAUUUAAUCAAAAGCUUGAUAAGGAACAACAAACUGAAACAACUUUGUCGUACUGAAGCAUAACAUAAUAAAGCAACAUUUUACUAAAUAACUACAGAAAAAACAAAACAUACUUUUGCGUAAAAAUCCCCCGAAAUAUAUAUAUUCAAAGAAUUAUAUAUGCAAGAAGUUUCUUAUUAGAAUUUCAGGGCAUAUAGGCGUGUAAAAAUAAUAAACCGAAAAUGAUAAGCUGAUAAAAUGAAUGAAAACGAAAUCACAGAUAAUAGCGUAUUUUUUAUUAAGCUAAACCGUAAACCGUAACUAUUGAUACUAUUGUUUACCGGAAUAAUUAACUACACAUGAAGGCAGAUAUAAUAAUUCAUAAACGCAUAUGUAACAAUUUAAAAAUAGAUUAAUUUGCAUUGCGGGAGCUCCAUUCAUUGUAAAUUACGAUUCGUAUUAAUACCAUGAGAAUAAAAAAAAGAAAUGAAAAGCAUGCAAACCAAUACAAACGAUAUAGGAGAUAAAUUUGUAUGAGAAACGCCAGAAACAUUUACAUGGAGCAUUCAUUAAAUACGUGUUUGUAAAAAUGUCGAUAACCACCCAUGCAACAUGCAACAUGCAACAUGCAAAAGGAAAAUCCAUACAACUUAUUGAUAUUUAAUCAGACAUCAGGUUAAAUCCAAUCAAAUGCGAUAUACCACUGGUCGAGAAACACAACUAUCAGAAGGGAAAGUUUUGCUCUCACAUACUAUACUUUUGUUGCCAUCAAAAUUUCAGUCGAAACAUUGUUAUCAAAAAUAGCUUGAUUUUCGUACUUUUUACAUUAACUUUGUUAGUUGUUUGCUUAUUUUAUAGAUCUUAAUGUAUGCAACAAGGGACUCGCUUUGCGGCUAUCCAAAACGGCAAAGUCAGCCAAGUGGGUCCAGUGUUUUGUUUUUGUUUUUAUAAUUUUAGUUUAAUUUAAUAAUACAAGGAUAACUAAAUGAGACGCACAUAAAUAGAAAACCCCAUCAACAAAUUAUUUAUGUAAAAAUCCAAAUAAAAACAAUUCUACUCUACGCAUAUGUGGAAACAAAAAAUAAAUAAAAUGGAAAACAAUUCAAAAACGUACAUGUAUGUAAAAUAAAUAUGAUGCAAAAUGUUUUUCAUAAUUUAUUAUUACACUUAUUUUGUUCAACCGAGAUUCCCUCAACUCAUCACUUGGAGUUUAGUUCACUCGGGGCCACAGAGGAAUAGAUACUUUGCCAUGGCAGUGGAGAUUUGAGAAUCCUAUGUCCUACAACCGUGACUCACGACCUAUGACCUAUGACCGCGAAUAACCAAAAACCAAGACGCAUCUUAGUUUAAGUACGAUUCAACAGUGUGUUGUAUAAAGCUUUAAUCCUCGUAACCACAUCUAGUGAAAGUGAAAGUAAAAGUAAAGUAAUUAAACCAUUUUUAUGAUUAACCAAUGGAUUAGCUUUUAAAAAGCUUCAAUAAGUCAAUGUGUAUUUUAAAAGAUGUAGCAGAGAACACAGAGCCAUGAUGCCAAUGAGUUUUGAGCAUGCAUGACCGAUUGGGAUUGGGAUUGGAAUGGAUAUGGAAUCGGUUUAGGUUCUUGAUGCGAAUACAAACUCACAGCUGGCAUCCAAUUUGGUAGCUCCGAACGAUUUUGGCCUGGCCCGUUUUUUAUAUCCACGGCAUUAUGCAUUAUAGACAUUCACACACUGACAUAUAUAUAGUUUUCCGUCCAAUGAAUUGCAUCAGCAUCAGCGAGCAGACAAAGUCUCCCAUUUACUUUGAUCCUUUCUUUCCGGUUUGGUUCUUCCCAAAAUACAAGAGUUUUUCGGCGGUUUCAAUGAUCAAAUGUUCCGAUUUUGCAGCCACACAUACGCACACACUUUAAAUUGGUCGAUUUCGGUAUGAUUUCCCUAGCAUUUUGUGCCUUUCCACUAUAAUAAAUCCCAUAAAUUAUAUAGGACAGACUCCAGACUCCAAACUCCAGGGGGAAACUCGAAACUCGAUUCUUUUCACCACUACUGGAGCCGAGCCGAACUGGAGCCUGUUGCAUGCCCCAAAAUAUUCAGAUUAUCAGCAUGUGUGUAUUGCCAGAUUGUUGUGCUUUGGGUUGAUAGAUUGGUUCCUUAUUUUUAUGAUACGCACCGAUAGUCAGACAGUUGUAUGUAAAUAUUUGGCAAAUUACUCGCAGGGGCAUUCGAAAGCCUCCUGAGAUAUACCACAUAAUCGAGCAUGUGUAUGUAAGUGUACAUUAAACUCAAAGUGAACUACAUAUAAUAAAUAAUAAAAUGAGAAUUUGAUAUAAACCAUUAAUGUAUGUAUUUUGUAUUUUUAUAUACAAUUUAUAAUUUUGAUUACACUUACAAUUGUUACGAUUAAUAACUUAAAUUACAUGAUAAAACCAAAGUAACGCAGAAGAAUCUACUAGAUAUGUAUUUCCAAUAUAGAGAAGCCGAGUGCAUAAUACACAAAUCCGACGAUUGCUAAAGGAAUUUCAGAUUGUAUUGUAAGGAAUUAAGAUUAAACAAAGUAACAAAAUAACAAAGUAAACAAAAGUAAAAAGAAAUUUUCUAAGCAACAAACUCAAACAGAACUGCAAGCAAAAGGGACAACAAUUUAAAUGGGAAAUUUAUGUAAUUGUGUAAAUCUAGAGCGGAAUGAAAGCAAAAGGAUGCAAUUUGAUCCUUUGGGCCUGAUACUCGAUAAGUAUGGCCACGAUUUUCAGACAAUUGAAAACCAACCAUUUAGGCAUGGCAUUCGGUGGCUAGUUUUUACUUUAACUAUGUAUGUAAAUGAAAGAAUGACCACAUUCCACAUAAGAAAGCUUAAAAAGCAAAAAAAAAAAUGCAAAAAAAAAACAUUGAAAAGAAUCCCAAAUGAAAAUCGCCCUUGACGUUAAAAAGAAAACUACAUUAUCGAUAAUAAGAAUGGCUAGCCGAUGUUUUCGGUUUGGAACAAAACCCCAUAAACUCAGCAUCGGGCUAAGCAGUAAGAAAUAUUAGUUGUGAGUUCGGGCGACUUUAGGGAGAAAUAGUAACAUUCGACUCUAGUUUCUCCAUCGCACACCUAAGCAUACGAGUAUAUACUCGUACAUACGUGUAAAUCAGAAGCUAAUGAAACAUCCACUGGAACCGCAUGCUUAGCCUAGGAUUAAGGCAACCAACCAACCAACCACACAGAAUCCCCGAUUUGGAGACAGACACAGUCCAACAUGUCCAUGGGCCGACUAUUGAUAACUGUAGCAUUUGAAUUGAUUGAAUUGAUAUUGGACGGACGGGGUUUUCCUGGGUGUCUAUACAUUUGUCAUACAAAUCAUAUUGACGGAGCAGACGGCGAUUGUAUGCGUGGCAAUUGUAACUAAACAAAUUUUUUAGAUAAUUAAAAGUAUCUAUGUACACCUUAAUAUUAAUGAAAAAACCAAUAUAAUAUAAAUAAAAGUAUAUUGAAAAGAC